AUGAUUAUAGUUAUUCUCCUCAUGAGGGAACAAAGUACUGUUCCAAUUGCAAUAAUUUGUGGGCCAUCGUUAACAUUAGGAAAGAUGCAACUGUCUGGUGACCCAAGACGUGCCGACCGCGAGCGUCGGUAUAAACCACCCCCACCUACAUCUGCCCCAGCUGAAGACCUUACUACAGAUUACAUGAAUAUACUUGGUAUGGUAUUCUCUAUGUGUGGUUUAAUGAUGCGGUUAAAGUGGUGCGCAUGGACUGCUGUUUUUUGUUCCAGCGUAAGCUUUGCAAAUUCCAGGGUAUCUGAUGAUACCAAACAGAUAAUCAGUUCCUUUAUGCUGUCAAUAUCUGCAGUGGUGAUGUCAUAUUUACAAAAUCCAGCUCCAAUGUCACCACCUUGGGCUUCACUUACAGCUUAUAACCAAUCAUGCCACCAAAGAAAGUUGAAGAACCAGAAAAGAAACCUCUUAUUGGUCGGGUUGGAACUAACUUAA